AUGGAUAGUGAAGGAUUGGUAUCCAAAAGACCAGUUGGUGGUUCCAAAAGCAGCGGAUCGCAUGUUUUCAGUGAUGCGCUUCAAUCAUGGACUGAAAUUGACUUGCCCACAUUACAGAAACAAUUAGAUGAUCAAGGGAUCUCCCUAAAGGAAGAUCAAAAGGCCAGUUUAUUAGGCAGAAAGGAAUUGGCUGCAAAGACCAAAGAGUUCAGAAAGCUUUCUGAGGAAGAGAAAUUGGAUCAAAUUAAACCUUUAUUGAAGCUUUAUCAGAAUGAAAUUGAUAGUUUGAACAAUAAGAAGAAAGUUGUGGAGAAUUAUUUCUUUGGUAUCUACCGAGUAUUGGCCGAAGCACCCGAUCCACGCCCGUUGUUGGAAAUUUCUGUGGACACAGUAAUGGAAUCGGCUGAUGCUGAUGAGUUGAAGAAUGAAAUCACCAGAUUGAAUGAAGAGUUGAGCAAGAAGGCAGAUUAUGAUCAAUUAAAAGAUAGAUUACUUAAAACAGAGCAGAAGAAUGCUGAAGUCAUGAGCUUGAAAUUGAAUGCUAAGGAAGAAGAGAUGAAGGCGCUUUUGGAGGAAAAGGAAUCAAAUUGGGUUGAAACUGAAGCCAUGUUGAACCAACAACUUAAAGAUUAUCAUAAACAAAUUGAAGAGUUGAGAACUUCUAAAGAAGUAACAGAAUUGCAACUAAAUUCCCAAAAUGCACAUCGUGACUCGGAUAUUAAUUCUGCAUCGAUAUUGGCUGAAUUGGAAGUUGUAUCCCGAGAAGCAGAAAAUGCCAAAAAGAGAAUAUUUGAUUUGCAAAAGCGUAAUGAGAAGUUGAGAGCAGAAUUAUCAAGAUCACAGCAAGAAGCUGAAUUUACAUCAUUAAAAGUUGAAUUUGAAAAGAGGACUUCGGAGUUGGAAGGUGAAAACUCACUUUUAUUGGCCAAUUUAAAUGAAACCAAAAGAAAAUUGGAUGAUCUUAGGCACGAGAGCGCAUUAAAGAAUGAAUCCUACACCAGAGAUUCUGGACGGGUGAAACUGGAGAUUUCAAGUCUAAAGGAAAAAUUGGCAAAGACAAGUGAUUAUGAUGAAAUCAAGCAUGAAUUACAACUUUUAAGGCAAAUUGAAUUUGGUGAAGAAGAAGAUAGUGAUAAUAAUGAUGGUGAAGCAAAUGAAGAUAAGAAUGAAUUUGGAUCGAUUUUAUCUCGUCGGAAUAAAGUCUUAUCUAAUGAAUUAGCUACCAUGAGAGCCAAACAAGAGGAUUAUGAAGUUAAAAUCAGUCAAUUAGAAGGAGAUUUGAAUGCUACCAAAACUGAACUUUCCAAAGUUCAACAACUUGCUGUUAAUCUUGAAAAUGAUUUGGUUGAUGUGCAAGAUGCCACUGGAAGUGUUAUUAAUGAUAAUGCUUCAAUUAUUUCUGGUAUGACUGGAGUUACAAGGAUGACCAGAAACAAUCUUGGAGGGUUAAGAAAGCCUUCACUUGCACCUGUUAGUGAGGAAAGUUCUAUUUUACCUAUUAUUACUAAACAAAGAGAUAGAUUUAGAGACAGAAACAAUGAAUUAGAAGAGGAAGUGAAGAAACAAUUCAACAUUGUUAGUGAUAUGAGACGACAAAUCAAUCAAUUGAAGAAGGAUAAUGAAGAAUUAUAUGAAAAAACUCGGUAUCUUGCAGCUAUUAACACUCAACACGGUAAGAAGGAUAAUCAUCAUCAACGUCGGACUUUAUUACCUAAACAGAAUGCUAUUGACUUGGAAGAUAAUCCGUAUCAAAAGUCAUAUGAAACCAAAUUGCAUCCAAUUGAACAAUUCCGUAUACGAGAACAAGAAAGAAUCAAUGCCAGGUUAUCACCAAUUGAAAGACUUUUCAUUUCAUUCACCAGAGCUGUCUUAUCAACCCGGGCAACAAGAAUGCUCUUUUUCUUUUAUUGUCUAGGGUUACAUCUUAUAGUCAUGUUCACCAUUAUCCACACUGUUUCAACCAACUCACUCAUGAUAGCCGAGGUAGGUAUUAACUCUGGUACAGGGGGGAUUCCCACAUCAUAA